AUGAACUCAAGCUAAAACAGAGUAGUGCACAACAGAGUAGUGCACAACAACACACAUGGUUGGCAAUCCAUCCACUGCUCGUGACUGUAGCCAGUCUCGCAGCCCACGUGACACACUGCAACCACACUCAAACACCUCACAUAUCACCCAUAGCACAGAAAGCAUGAUUGCCCUUAGAGACAUCCCCCUCCUGCAAAGGAAAGAGUUCAAGAUUCAUGGUGGGCAAAUCGGCGAUAACACUUCAGAGAUCAGUUACAACAACAUCACGAGACAGAUCGAUGAAGGCCUCAGAGAAAAUCACACUGAAGGUGAAAUCACCCGAGCCAUGCUACGUGUCAUAAAGCCUGGCAAUUUCAAAGACGUGCUUACUAGUAAAGAGGACAUGACGGUAGGUGAACUUAAGAGCUUCCUUCAGUCACACCUAGGGGAGAAAAGCAGCACUGAGCUCUUCCAGGAACUCAUGAGGGCCAAGCAGCACGAGCAUGAAACACCGCAGCAGUUCCUGUACAGGAUGAUGGGGCUGAAACAGAGAGUGAUAUUCACAUCCAAGCGGGCUGAUGCAGACAUCAAGUAUGAGGCACUUACAGCACAGAAUGUGUUCCUCCACACCAUCUAUCAGGGCUUAAGCGAAAAGCAUGACGACGUCCGUCGUGAGUUAAAACCCCUCCUCUCCGACCCUGCAGUCACUGAUGAGGCACUCUUGAGGCAGGUCACUAAAACAACAAGUGAGGAGAGUGAGAGAAAGUGACGCUUUGGGCACAGCGCUCGUCCAAGAACCGCUCAUGCUCAAAGUACUGAAGCCAGCAGCAGGGACGAGAGUACAGGGAUGUGUACUGCUGACCCCAAGGAUGAGCAGUUUCAUUAGUUGAGUGCUCAAGUACAGGCCCUGACCCAGGUAGUGAACACCCUUCAGUCCAGUGCCACAGCAGCAAAGCCAGCAAACCCAGAGUUUCGGCCGCAGUGUAACUGUGGCUGCCCCAAUAGGCCGAGUAGACCACUGAGAACAGAGAGACCGCGUAGCUGCCCCAGUUGUAUUGCUAAUAGCCAUCCUGACUGCAACCACUGUUUCGCUUGUGGGGAAGAGGGGCACCGUGCUGUGGGAUGCCUGAAGAGGACCAAGCUGUCGGGAAAUGCACCCCGGUCACGGCAAGGGGACUACCUGUGAUUGGCUAUAACAUCCAGUCCCAUCAACAUGCUGAUGUGCCAGGUCCAGCACUGGUUAACUACAACUGUGCCAUCCCUCCCCAGCCACUGAGUGGUGCAAAGCCAACAACAGGGCAAGUGGCCAAGCUUAUCGGAGAGAAGUGCACACUGAAAUGCAAUCUCAGUGGACAUGCUGUAACUGUCCUUCUUGACUCGGGUGCUCAGGUCUGCAUCAUCAGCCUUGCCUGGAAGGAAAAGCACUUUCCCCAACAACAACUACACCCCCUCAGUGAACUUAUGGGUGACAGAGGCCUUGACCUUACAGCUGCUAAUGGUGAGCCGGUACCAUAUGAUGGAUAGGUUGAACUCACCUUUAACCUGCCUGGCAAUGAUGAUCCAAGACUCAACAUCCAAGUACCAGUUCUGGUCAGCCGUGUGAACCUUGCAAGACCUAUAUUAGGCUUCAAUGUGAUCCAUGAGCUAAUCCAAGGAUGGGAGGGUGGAGUUGAAGUUGUCACCAUCAUUGCUCAAUUGCUGCAGAAGGCCAUGCAGAUUGAAGAGGACACAGCUGAGGCCAUUGUGAACUUUGUGCAGACCUAGGGCCAAGUACUGGUGAGAGUUGGCCGGCGUGAUUUUGUCAUCCACCCGGGCCGAACUGCUCACAUCAGAUGCAAGGUGCCUGUUGGGUUCACCUCACCAGUAGUACUGUUUGAGGUCAGCCAGGCAGACCCAAGACUGGAGCAGCUAGACCUGGGCGAUGGCCUGGUUGAGGUCCACCACACCAGAUGGCCCUAUGUCGAGAUCCCUGUGUGCAACCAGACUCAGCACAGCAUCUCGCUCAACCACUUUACAGUGCUAGGCAGUAUCCACUCAAUUGACAGGGUUGUAGAGACAGACCAGGAGCACAGCCUUGACGUCAACAGCGUCAACUCACCUGAGCAUGUUUCUGUUGGGGAGGAUAAUAAAGGCCGAGCAGAGCACAUGUCCCAGCUGUGGCACCCUCCUGUUGACAUAAGUCACCUGACAGAUGAACAACAAGCAACAGUGAAAGGAAUGCUGCAUGAGGAGUCUGGCGCCUUUGCACGGGAUGACAACGAUAUUG